GCGGCGGCGGCGGCUGCGGCGACGGUGGUAACGGCGACGACGGCGUCUGGCGUUUGUUGUGUUUUUUUCCCCUUUCUUUUCCCGUCGUGACCAAACGCCCGGGUGGAAGAAGAGACGGAGCACAGUGAGAUUCUAUGGGAAUGAAACGAUCGUAGAGAAGAAGAAAGAGAGAGGAGUGAGAGAGAGAGGGAGAGAGGACAGAGACGCGCGCGGUGAUCUCUGGCUACAUCGUGUGUACGCGGAUACGCGUACAUAUAGGUGCGCGAGCGUAGAAGCGGAUAGACGCGCGGAAAGGGCGACGAGGAAGAGGAGGCGGAGGAGAGGAGCGGCGACGUGAGCGAGCCAACAACAGGCGGAGGAAGAGAACGGAGCGGAGAGCGCGGGCGAACGAGAGAGCGAACGAGCGAGCGAGCGAGCGAGCGAGCGAGCGAACGAACGUGUGAUCCAAAAUGGCGCUGAAUCAAGACGUGGACCAGUUGUCCAAGAGUAAUCCCGUCGUCAGGGUCGACCAGAAUUCCGAAUCCGAUCUCCAGGCGCUCUUCGACACCGUCUUGAAGCCAGACUCGAAGCGGCCGCUGCAGGUGCCGCUGCGCAUGCGCAACCUGCCAGAUUCCUUCUUCAAUCCGCCGUCCACCGGCAGCAAGAGCCCCUCGAUCUCGCACUCGCGCGAGAACUCGGCGGAUUCCGCGUUCGGCGCCGCCGUCACCGUCGGGACACCGAACGGCGGUAGCGCGCCAAACGGAGGCGCGAGUAGCGGCAGCGGCAACGGCGGCGGCGGAGGCGGCGGCGGCGGUGGCGGUGCGACGGGCACCGGGGGCGGCGGCGGCGGCGGAGGUGCGGGCGCCGGCAGCGGUGCCAACGCGAACGGCACCGCGAACGCGAUCGCGGUCGCCGCCGCGGUGGCCGCCGCGGCCGGCCUCACCGUUUCGCAUCCCCGCGCCCACAGCAGCCCGGCCUCCCUCCAGCAGACGUACGCGUCGGCCCAGCAGGCGCCGCAACACGCGCCGCAGCCGCACGCGCGUCACCAUCAUCAUCAGAAGCAGCGCAGCUACGACGUCAUCGCACCGACGGUCGACGACCUGGGCCCGCUGCCGCACGGAUGGGAGCAGGCGCGCACCCCCGAGGGCCAGAUCUACUUCCUCAAUCACCUGACACGCACCACGACAUGGGAGGAUCCACGGAAAACAGCCGCAGCCGCGAGCGUGGCCGCGGUAGCCGCAGCAGUCGAGAGCAGCAAAUCCAACGCGCUCGGUCCACUACCUGACGGAUGGGAACAGGCACGCACACCCGAGGGUGAGAUCUAUUUCAUCAAUCAUCAGACUCGCACCACCUCCUGGUUUGAUCCGCGAAUCCAUAUUAUUCCUUCAGCAUCGCACCUCCAAAGAACUCCAGCGAAUUCUGGCACGAUGUUGCCGCAAGCCUGGCAACUUCAGCAACCCCCCGGCAUCCAAAACAACCAGAGUCUGCAGGCUUGUCAGCAGAAGAUGCGUCUUCAAUCAUUACAAAUGGAAUGUGAACGUCUGAAAUUACGGCGGCAGGAAAUAAUACGCCAGGCAUUUUUCUCGUCGUUACAGCAAGAGAUGAUGCGGCAAAGCACAACAGACGCUUCUAUGGAUCCAAUGCUGCGACAAAGCGCAACAGACGCUCCCAUGGAUCCAUUCUUGUCGGGCAUUCCCGGUGCCGAGCACGCCCGCCAGGAGAGCGCCGACAGCGGCUUGGGACUCGGUUCUGCAUAUUCCCUCCCUCAAACCUCCGAUGACUUCCUCAAUAUAGACGAAAACAUGGACGGUACAAGCGAAAGGCACUGUUCGUUGAAUGAUCUUACGAAACGAUUAUACCGAAGCCAUAAAUACAUAAACGGCACGACGAUGGAUACGCCAGAUAUCUCCUUGAGCGAAAACCUCGACGUUCCGACGGACGAACUCUUGCCAUCACUCCAGCUGAAUGAGGAGUUCAGCACCGAUAUUUUGGAAGACGUGCAGUCACUCAUAAAUCCUAACACAACCAAGCCGGAGAACGUGCUGACUUGGCUAUAGGAUUAGAAGAGAUACUGCAGCGGAAGUCUGCCUAUUCAAAAAGAUAGGUAUUCAGGUUGUCGAAAUGAAAACUUUAUCCAAAUUCAGAUAUAAACUUGUGGUCAUUUAAUUAAAUUGAUACUGCUCAAUGUAAACAGCAUUGAUUUCAAUACCUUUAUUGAUUAACAUGCAAUUUCUAUUGCUUUGUAAAUCUGAAUUGAUUUACAUUAUAUUAGACUAUGAUAGGAUUAAGUUUUUACUUUGAACCUAAACACCUAUUUUUUAAUUGUUUCUUUUUAUUUGGAUUUUUGAGAGAAUACUUUAUUAUGAUUAUUAUGAUAACAAUCAGGAUGUUAUUGAAAUAUUUUAUUACGUAUUUUUCAUUUCAAGCUUUUUAUGAUGAACGAGACGAUAAAAUCGAAAAUUAAGCCUGAACUUUUUAUCAUAGAUGUAAGUUUAUCACCUUGGGAAGUGUUGGAUAGUUUAAUAGAAGAAUUAGUUUAUCAAACGAAAGUUUAUAUCUCGUAUACAUUAUAAGAAAUUUUGAAUGGAAAAAUACUUGAUAGAAAAAUAAUAAAAAUCGAAGAUAAAUUUAAUAUAUAUAAUGAUACCGCAUUCAUAUUGAGAGGAAAAGAUCCAAAUAGAAAGAAGUUUAUAUUUCAUUAUUCGCCGUUUGAGAAAAGGAAAGAAAAAAAGGAGAAAAUGUAGGACUACAUGCAAAUUUGCAUUAUCAAGCAUAUUAAAUAUAUCUGAUCCUUUAUUUUCUUCUUUAUUUCUUUCUUUAUUAAAUAAUAUUAUAUUUUAUAUAUGCAACGAAAAUUUCUAUUCCGUAUUCAUAUUCGUUAAAUUUGACAAUCUUGUGAGAUCGUAAUUUUUGUUGCAUAUAAUAGUGUCAAAAGAUCAAUGUUUAUGUUCCCUGUUUGUAAUUGUAUCUUCCUACGGUUUUUGCACGCAGAACGGUUUAAUUGUAAAAGGUAAUACAGAGAAACUACAAAUUAUAAAAAAUUUCAAACAAAUUUCUAAGUGCCUGAUACGAAGAUAUUUCGUUAUUUCGACAUUUUAUAACGUGAGUUGAUUUGUUUACACGUUUUUACGCGAGGGAUUUGGUGCUAUCCUUAUCUUGGGUGCAUGCAAUUAGAAAUUGUUACUGUUACAAAUGUUAUCAAUCAUAGCAAAUUAUUAUUUGCUAUAAUUGACUCUUUAAUUCUUCAAUUCUUGAUACUAAUACUAAAAGAUAUAUUAUAGGAUAUAUGGCUACAUGAACGGAUAUCUGUGGAUUUUUUCAUAUUUGAAUUCUGACGAAGUUCUUUAUCGUAGGGCUAUUUCGAAGAUCGUCGAUUUUCGAAGUCUUGCGGAGCAAUAAUGGGACGAAGAUCGAAGAGUUUUUAAUACAGACAUGUUUAUUAACAUUUCGAAUAUGACAUACGGAAUUGUACAAUGUUUAAUUAGCUCUUUAAAUCAUGAAAUAUGUACGUGUAUUGGAAACACGUUACAUGGCUGCGAAUCCAUUUAUAGUGUAAUUUUUUACGAACGAUAUACUUCACAGCAGAGUGCCUUGUGUCUUUGUAAUCAAUUAAUAUGACAAUUUAUUACUCAUCGUUUUUUGCUGCAUUAACCGUCCAUAUAAAAUAUUAUAUGAAUGUAGUUAUUGAAAGCAAGCGACGUAUUUUAGACCGCCGGCUGAUUACUUCUGCCGUGGGUAAAAUGAGAAUAUAUAUUUUUUUUAUAUGUAAAGUCUAUAUAUAUAUAUAACUUGUUACAAAUUGCAAUUAUAUUGAUAUUUUUCGAGGAAAGCUGUUAGAUUGUAAACUUCUCACUUACAUUUUAUACUAUUAUAAUUAUGUAACAGAGAUUACCAGAGAGCGAGAAGAACAUCUGGUAUUUAUAAAGAUAUUUGUGUAUCUUUUAACUAUAAGAAUUUACACGUUUUUUACGUUUCUAGGCAUGAGAGAUACUAGAGUGGCGCGAACGAAAAGAGGCCGCUAAGUCGCUAACAUUGAGUUUUUCGUUAACGCGGAUAAACUCGCGGCCUAUUUAUUAUCGGAAGUCAUUUUUAAUGUUCUUUCUAGCAAAGAGGAUAAUGCGCGUGUAAAGAGGAUAAUGCAAUUAAUUACAUAUGGCAGCUGAAAAUAUCUCGGAAAGAGAUUUACGCGACUAUUUCCAUUAUUUGACAAGCAACAAAAUUUUUCAUAUAAAUUACGUAAUUAAGAUUGACAUAAUUAAUAUUAUUCAUAUUCAAUGAACAUUAUUUAUAAACAAUGGAAACAAAAGUUACUCAAAUAAUUUUAAUCGAAUAUGAAUUAUAGUAAUAUUUAUAUUAUUAUAACAUUAUCGUGCUUGCCACAAAAUCGAAAUAGUCACGAAACUUCUUUGUAUAUUAAGGACAUCGACCUUUUGUAUAUUAAGGACAACGACAAUCUUAUCAUGUUAAACUUUUUGUAAUAUUGGCUCUCCCGCCUUUUCCUGUAGUCGGGAAAAGCCUCGGAGAAAUUUGUACUUCGUUAUUCGCACGCUUCUGCGUUAAUUCUGUCUCUUUCAUUUAACUGGUUGGCCGUGCGAAUACGAAAUCUUCGAUCUUGAUUUUUUUCUUUUGUUUUAAAAUAGUAAAAUAAGAGCGAUCGUGUAAACGUUGAUUUGAUAUUUGUGUCAUUUGUUGUAUUUUGGACUGACACUCUGGAAGGCGGAACGUCGAACACAAUGUGAGAACGUGUUUUUUUUAUUUUAUGUUCGAUCAUCUCAUGAUUGAUUAUAUUUUUAAUGUCAUUUUUAAUAGCCGGAUUAAAAAACAUACGCGUUUUGACUUUUAUUCAGUUUUGAAUUUCUCUUUUUUAUUCGUUUUUUUUCUAUUUCAAAAUUACAAUUUUAUUCAGCCACUUUUUAGUUUCAUUUUUUAUUCGACUGUGCCGUGCUACAUGAUUUAUCGACGUUCCUUCCCAAUUGGCGUUAUCAGCGAAAUCGGUAGCGUUUUUCGGUGUCAUGAUCUGACCGACAGUCUUCCAGAAACGUCAUGCGAAUCAAGGACGUUUAAUGUAUUAUUUUAAUUGCAAUUUAACGAUUAAUAUUUACCAUACUGUAUCUUGCUUUUAGUCUAAACUCAGUGUAGAUUAUGUUCUGGGGAGUAUAUUGCGACACGAAACCUUACGUAAGUGCCUUCGUAUCUAAGACAGUCUCGAGAUGAAAACGUAAGUUCUGCGAUCUUCCUUUAUGCAUAGGAUAGACUUUUAGAUCAAGAACUCCCCACUUAGGCUGCGCAUUCGCCUCCAUCAUAUCUGAGAUUAUAUACAAAAAGCAAUUAGUUGUUUAAUGUCAGUAUUUAAAUAUGCUCAUUGGCAAAUAUUUGUGACCAUUUUUAUAUCGAUAACAAGUGCCUUAGUAAUAACGAUAACAAUAAAUAUUAUUUACUUAACGUAUUGAUACGGUAAUAUUUGUUUUCUUUUAUCUCCCAUCCCCUCUUUUAGAUUAUUAAAACAUUACUAAUGCAUAUAAAGAUUGUGACGCGGUAGAGUGUACGAUUACAAUCGAGCAAAAUCUCGUAAAAAAAAAGUAAAAUGUAACAUUUUAUAUUUGAAAGAAAAAAAUAGUGUUAUUGUAACUUUUUAAAAACCGAUUAUUGAUUUUGAGCAUUCGUGCAUUUAAGAUUUUAAGGGGCUGUAGAUAACAGGAAGCAAGGAACAGAGAACAAAAACAAAUUAUGUUAAUACGUUAAAUAAGGAAGACAUGAAACGUUCCUUAUUUAUUAUAUUAAACUAUUUAUUCUUCCAUGUUUCUUUUAUUUAUAUUUAUUGUACGCAGUACAAAGCGUAAACUUAAAAGUGCAUAUAAAAAUACUGAUAUGUGAUUUAAUAGAUAUAAUACUUUACUUGUAAACCGCUAAUUCUAGGCAAAUUUUUGUCGCUACUAAAAGGACUUCAGUUAAAUUUAUGAUUUUUUAUCUAAAUGUUUUAUAAAUAUAUAUAUACAUACUUA